GGGUCAACUCCAGGUCCAGCUGUCGGCGCAGGCCCAGCACUGCGAGCAGGAAGUGCAGGUCCCUGGCAUCCGCCAAAGGAAACUAUCAUACACGAUUCCAGUUGGCGUUGGCAACAGCUCUGUGCUGCUUCACGUGGUGCGUGACAACUCCAAAACACACCCAAACUCAACGGUCCUCGAGACGUACCAGGUCACAUUCCAAAGGGAUCGACCUGGAUCAAGCGCAGAUGUCGCCACUGUGCAACAAAUGGUCUGCUUUCUGCGGCAGUCGUGUUCGGUGCCGUUUUUGCCGGGUCCGUGUGGGCUCCAGCGUCAUCGUUCGGCCAUCGGUCGGAUGACGUCAUCAGGGGGCGACGGCCGCCCCCUCCCCCUCUGCGCGGCCGACCUCAGCGCGCCAGGUCACUGGGUGCUGCGCUGCCGGAGCUGCGCUGACGCCGACUCCUGCGACUGGUCCAGAGCCGAGUGGUCUGCCGAAGCGUGCCGGUAUAGGAGCUGGAGCCAGCAACAUCUGUUGAGCAUCGGGGUCCUUCUCAGUACUCCAUUAAAGGUCCGAUCAACGAGGCGUACACGCGAAUAUUCCUGCACCACAUGUUUGGUUCGGAGACCACGUGACAGGGCACGUGACAUGACGUCACACGACGGAGCGCGGAUGAAGCCGACUGUUGGGGUUCUCCCAGACCGGCUGGCAAGAGAUCGCAACCCCCCGGUGCGCGGUUUGUGUUCGCAGAACCCAAGUAUUUGUGUCGAUCACAGCAGGCGAAUACCAGGCCUUUGAGUGAUUCGAGACUUCGUGUUUAUUAUCGUGGACUCAAAUUGCUUGGGUUGCCAGGGUGUAGCGUGUUUCACCGGUAGUUUGCAUACCGAAGCCAGCAAGCGCGGGAUGUCGGAUCUUGAGCCCCGUCGAUCGAAGUCUGGAGCGCGCGGGUUUCCACAAGUACAACUGCGUGUCUGUAAUGAUGAUCGUUGAUGUUCUGUGUCGCACAGACCGCCCAGCUGUUUACGCCGAGAUGCGUGUGCGCGCCGCUAGUGGGGGCGGACCAUUGACCACCGGGUAAUACUAAGGCGCAAGUGUUCUCGCUGUGUCCGUCCGAUGAGAUGUGUUGGGACUAUUCGGAAGAUGUGUAGCGGACAAAUCGAAUCCGCUGUUUUGUUCGACAUUAUAUUUAUACGAGGCUGAGCACGACCAAGGCGCUCAUAAUGUUUUUAUUGCGACAGCCGGAUAACUUCUCUCGACAUUCAUGCAUACGUUUGUGCGUUGAAGACGCCAAAUCCAGCAUAGUUGUGUGUUUGAUAUGCUGAGCUGCGGAGCUGUAAACGCAACUGUUCUUCAGAGCGCGUACUGCAUGUACUGCCGGGUCCAGCUCAAGCCAAGUGCUGUGGAAGCGAAAGACUGGCGCAGUGCCGUGGAGAAACACUGUCAAGGUCGACGGAAAUUAGCUUUACAUCUACGGCGCCGCUGAAAACAACAUAUAUCUUUGUACGUUCGUUCCAAAAAGAUGUCUAUGACGGAUUACAUCAGCAUCGGGAGCUCCGUCUGCCUGGCAGUAACAAUUUUUUCAACUAAUUUG